AUUCACGCACGGCUCGCAGAAAAACCCCACUUGUUGUUCCUGCGCAGAAACAAGGGCAUUGUUCGAGAAAAACAAGAACAAUAAACACGUCGAUCAUCGUUCACAAUACCAACAUUGUGUGUGUGUGUGUGUGUGUGAAGGAAGAAGUCUUUUCGAUUACAUACUUAUUCCUAGUUUUUUUACCCGACGAUUCUACGUUCUUCUCCACAUUCACACACGUAUCCAUACACAUCGGCCUUUCCUUACUAGGAUUUCACCAGAAUAACUUCACCUCAACCCCGCUCAACUCAACCCCCCAAGAUUUCAAAAAGCCAUGGGUCUUAAAUUCCUCCCGUCUAGCACCCUGCGAGGCGAAAAAGCUACCCUCGGUACCUCGCUCCGCGCCUCGCUCUCCGCAACGACAAUCGCGCGCCUUGUCCUUCGCCUCUUCCAAUUCGUCAUGGCCCUCACCGUCAUCGGCAUGUACGCCGUCGACCUGGACCGCGCACGCAAGGCCGAUAAGUACGUUGAUAGCAAGUGGGUCUGGGCGGUCGUCUGCGGUUCGCUCGGUGCCGUAGCCUCGCUCGUCUUCAUGCUCCCGUUCUUCAAGGCGUGGUUCUUCUUCGUCGUGGACGCCGUGUUGUUCCUGUGCUACCUUGUCGCGUUUGGCAUCUUCGGCAAAAUGUUCAUUGGAGAGGAUCCAGAGGGAAACAAGGGCAUUCAACGCAUGAAGAAUGGCGUCUGGGUGCUUCUUACGAAUGUUGUGCUUUGGUUCAUCACAGCGAUUGUCGGGGCUGUGUUGUUUUGGAAGGCGCGAAAGGCACGGACUACUCAUACUGGGCGUGCGGGCAUGCAUGUCUAAGUUUUGAGUGUUUUCUUUUCUUUUCCUUUUCCAUGGCGGGGUGGGAGUUGACGUGGGUGUGCUGACUGGAUGUCUGUGCGAACAGAGGAUUUCGUUUGAGGCCAAGCUUGAGAUCGGACACUGGGAAGCGUCGUUUUAUGGACCCAAGACUGUUGGUUGCACG